AUGGUUGAACAACUGUGGACCUUGUUACGGGAGGUUGUUCCACGGAACCGGGAAAAUCCACAUCCAAUCGAAGGAGACGAUUACGACAGACCACCCGUCCACACUACAUCCCGGCAUCCAGUUUUCGAUGAUGAAAGUGACGACGAGUUAGAGUUCGGUGUUGCUCCAGCUAUUCCAGGCAAUGGCAGAAACGGCAAAAAUUGGCGCAACCCAGGUAAUUUCAAUCCCUGUCAAAAUAAUGAUGAAUUUAAGCUCAAGGUAGACAUUCCUACUUUUAGUGGAGAUCUGGGGAUAGAGGGUCUACUAGAUUGGAUCACAGAGGUCGACCGUUUCUUCGAGUACAUGGAAAUCCCAGAAGAACGGAGAGUUAAACUGGUAGCCUUCCGACUAAAAGGAAGCGCAUCUGUUUGGUGGGAACGCAUGAGAGAGACCCGGAUCAGGGAAGGAAGGGGUCCAGUUCGAACCUGGAGGCGCAUGAAGCAGUUAAUCAGAGGUAGAUUUUUACCCCCAGAUUAUGAACAGUAUAUGUUUGAAUCAUAUCAACGAUGUGCGCAGGGUUCCCGAAGUGUUAAUGAAUAUACAUCUGAAUUUUUAAGAUUAGCUGAAAGAUAUCAAUUAUCUAAAAGUGAUAACCAGCAGGCAGCCCGUUAUCUGAGCGGUUUAAGGCCGGCUAUCAGAGAUAAAAUUGGCGUCCAAAUGGUUCUUAGUGUGCAGGAAGCAAGGAACCUAGCCUUGAAAGCUGAAUUAAUAUUCCAAGAAAAGGCCCGUAGUGAUAAUUAUCGCCGGUACAACGGGAGCGACAACAGACCGGCAACUGUCGACAGGAACAAAUCAGCCCUGGUAGCACAACCUUCUCACCCGGUAAAUACAGCUAACGCCGGUAAGGCCAUCACGGGAGGAAAUACUCGAGAUUGUUCCCAACUACUUCCUGAAAAACAUCCAAACCCAUACACAAUUGGGUGGAUCAAGGAAGGAAGUGGCGUACGAGUGGAGGAACGCUGUAAGGUACCAUUUUCUAUUGAAUGUAAGGAUACCCACGAGGUACAUUUGUUGGUAGUAAAGGGAGAAGAUAUGAAUGAGACCUUGGAGGGGAAUAAAAUUCCAGUGAAAGUGCAGAGACUACUUGAUGAGUUCCAUGAUAUAGUUCCAGAUGAAUUACCAAAUGAACUCCCACCCAUGAGAAACAUACAGCAUCAUAUUGAUUUUGUUUCGGGAGCUAGUCUACCUAACCUCCCACAUCACAGGAUGAGUCCUAAAGAGAAUGAAAUUUUACAGGAAAAGGUAGAAGAAUUGUUGAAAAAGGGACACAUUCAAGUCAGUACGAGUCAUUGUGCAGUAUCAGCAUUGUUAACACCAAAGAAUGAUGGAAGUUGGAGGAUCAAAUCUAUCACUAAGCACAUUGGACAUAUUAGGGAGGUCCUAAAGACAUUAAGAGAAAAUAAAUUAUAUGCUAAUUUGAAGAAAUGCACUUUCAUGAGUGAUAAUUUGUUAUUCCUGGGGUUCAUUGUGAGCAAUGAUGGAAUUAAAGAAGAUGAAGAAAAGGUGAAAGCCAUUAGGGAGUGGCCGAUCCCAUCAAAUGUCACAGAUGGGGAACAAACCAACGCCAAGUACAAGUUGGCAGCAGACAAGCAUCGUUGGCACCAAGUAUUUGACGCCGGUGAUGAAGUUAUGGUAUUCUUGAGGAAGGAAAGGAUUCCCGUGGAAAAGUACAACAAGUUGCAGCAUCGGAAAUACGAUCCAUACAAGAUCAUAAAGAAGAUCAACGACAAUACCUAUGUCGUGGACCUACCAAAUCAUAUGGGUAUCUCUAAGACAUUUAACAUGGAUGACCUUCAUCGCUACCUACCAGAGAUGACACUUGCAUAUCCUAGUCACGACUCGGGGUCGAGUUCUUUCCAAGUGGGGGAGAAUGAUGGAGGCCCAUCCCAUCAUGAAGGCCCAUCUCACCAUAUGGGCGGCAGUUCAUAG